AUGCCUGCAAUUGCCGAUCGCAAUUCGUCUCCUUUCAAGGGAAUGGUGGCCGCCAUCAACUCGGACAAGAGUAGUAGUACCGCUAGAUCCAACGGUUGUUGCACUCCUCAGAAACGGAGGUUAAGAUCCGAUGAGGCGGCUGCGAAGGAGAGUCCAGUGUCGACGCCGAAAAUUAAAUCGGCUCGCCGUCGUUUGAAUUCAAGUCCAAACAGCCCUGCAAAUGGAAUUAAGGAAGAUUUUAGUGAAAAACCAGUGAAGAAAAAUUGGAAUCCGAGAGAUGUUGAGCAAAUGAGGGCAGUUAAGGAGGCAUUGCAUGUUUCAACAGCUCCAUCAACUGUUGUGUGCAGAGAAAAUGAACAGAAAAGGAUUUUGGAGUUCUGCAAGGCAUGUGUAGAACAAGAGAAAGCUGGGAGUUUGUAUCUAUGUGGGUGUCCUGGGACUGGGAAAUCGUUAUCAAUGGAGAAAGUAAAACAGCAAGUUAUUGACUGGGCAAAAAUGCAGGAAGGGUUGCAGCUGCCCGAAGUAUUAGCAAUGAAUUGUACUUCUUUAGCAAACACAUCUGAGAUUUUUAGUAAGAUUCUUGGCAAGCACCAAUCAAAGAAAAAAACUUUGGGCUCAACAUCACAUUUACAACAUCUACAGAACCUGUAUUCUAAUAAACAGGCACCAUCCAGCUCGAAGAUGAUGUUAAUUAUUGCCGAUGAAUUGGAUUAUUUGAUUACGAAGGACAGGGCCGUACUUCAUGAUCUUUUCAUGCUUACAACUUUUCCAUUCUCUAGAUGUAUACUGAUAGGAAUAGCUAAUUCCAUUGACCUAGCUGAUCGGUUUCUUCCAAGACUCCAGUCAUUGAAUUGCAAGCCAAUGGUUGUAACCUUCCGUGCUUACUCUAAAGAUCAAAUCCUUUCAAUACUUCAAGAGAGGCUUUUGGUGCUUCCAUAUAUUGUCUUCCAGCAGCAAGCAUUAGAACUUUGCGCCAGAAAAGUUGCAGCUGCAUCUGGAGACAUGCGGAAAGCUCUUUGUGUUUGUAGGAGUGCGGUGGAAAUUCUAGAAGCAGAAUUAAGAGAAUCUGGAAGCAAUGUGAGUUUGGUGUCAGUAGAAGGGGAGUUCAUUAGCCAGCAGACAGCUUCUGCCCUUGAAAUCUUCCGAGCACAAGAAAAUAAUACUGUCAGGAUUGAUCAUAUGGCUCUCGCAUUGUCAAAGACAUUCAGAUCACCUAUAGUUGAUACUAUACAGUCUCUUCCUCAGCAUCAACUAAUUAUACUUUGCUCUGCUGUAAAGUUUUUCCGAGGCGGAAAGAAGGAUACAACAGUUGGGGAGCUAAAUAAAUCAUACAUUGACAUUUGCAAAUCAACACUGAUACCACCAGUUGGAAUUUUGGAGUUUCUAAGCAUGUGCAGAGUGCUAAAUGAUGAGGGGCUCUUCAAACUAGGCCAGUCUCGUGAUGAUAAAUCGAGGAGAGUAACACUAAAAGCUGAUGAAGCCGACAUCUCCUUUGCACUGCAGGGAGUUCGAUUCUUUCGGAAUUGUCUUCAGUGA